UCCCUACCUAUACUCAACUACCCACGCAUAAAACUAACCAUUUGUUCUCCUUUCAUUUCAUCAAAAAGUAACCUCUUUCUUUCUUUCUGUCUGUCUGUCUCAUUUUCUGAUCAUUUGGUAAUCAAGAAAAUAUGUCUUCAAUCUUGAACUCUCAAGGCAUGGUCUUGGCUACAGCCAUGGCUGUUUCUGGUACUUUCAUUCUUCUCGCUCUUCGACUCCAAAAAUCUCCCUCGAAUUCCGAGUUUUCCAUCGACCCAAUUUCGGAUUCUCCUCGAUCUUGCCUCUCGACAGAAGGGAAGAAGAAGAAGGAGAAAAAGAAGAAGAGGGUUCAUUUUGCAGAAGAUGUGGUGGACCCUACUGGGAAUAGUGAUGAAUACAGAAGAUUACAUAGUAAUAAUUGUGCCAAAGUUAAUUUGGAUUCAAGUUCUAACACAAGUGGGAAACUUCGAGAAAUGCCAGCAAAUAGAGUGGCACUUUACAAUGGAAUUCUUAAAGAACGAGUGCUUCAAAGGGUGGCAUAUUCGUAUUGAUUCUUGUAUUUGAAUAUUCUACAUUUUGUAAACUUUUGAGUUCCUUUUUUUAUUUUUGUAUAAAAUUGUGGUUUCUUUCUUUU